AUGUCUUUCCGGUCUACCAUCAUGGCCGCGGCUGCCAUCUUCGCUACCGCCAACGCCCACAUGAUCAUGAAGUCUCCUGUACCAUACAGUGCAGACAAGAUCGACAACGCACCGAUCACUGCAGACCAAUUCCCAUGCAAGUCCAACCUUGGUUUUACAGUCUCAACUAUGAACUCAAUGGCUGUGGGCGAGAAGCAGUCACUCACUUUCUCUGGAAGUGCUGUUCAUGGUGGUGGCUCAUGCCAGCUCAGCGUAACCACGGACACCGAACCUACAAAGAACUCCGUCUUCAAGGUCAUCAAGUCGAUUGAGGGUGGCUGCCCUGGUAUCGACGGACCUGAGGCUUUCGACUUCGAGCUUCCUGACAGUAUCCCCAACGGCAAGGCUACAUUUGCCUGGACAUGGUUUGCCAAGUUGAGCGGUGGCCCAGAGAUGUACAUGAACUGUGCACCCAUCGAAGUUACUGGUGGUGCCAGCGACAAGUCAAAGUUCGACGCACUUCCUGACAUGCUGGUUGCCAACAUCGCAUCAACCACUUGCAAGCAGGAAGUGAGCAAGGACUUGAAGUUCCCUAACCCUGGCACAAACCUUGUGGCUAGUGCAGACUCUGCCAACGUUGUUGAUCCCACUGGUGACUGCGGAUCUACUGGUACCAGUCCUGAGCCCUCGGAGUCAUCUUCCCCAGCUGGUGGCGCGCCUUCUGCUUCUCCUAGCGCUCCAAAUGAUGGUCAGUACUCUGCUGCUCCCACAUCUUCAGCUGGUGGUGAGGCAUCUGCUGCUCCUACCACUCCCGCCGCUGGUCAACCCUCUGCUGCUCCCACAUCUGUUGCGGGUGGCGAGCCGUCUCCUCUUCCAUCCAACGGUGGUGGAGUCUUCGCUCCAGGAGCUUCCAGCGCUUCGCCUGUCGCUCCCUCCGCCGCGCCUACACUUCCGUCGACCUCCACCACGCUCGUUACUGUCACUGCCUCGUCGACCGCUCCCUCCCCAGCUAAGCCCACCGUUCCUGCUGGAACCGGUUCUCCUGCCGCUCCUUCCACGCCUUCGACUCCUUCAGCCGGUGGUAGCUCGGGUACUUGCACUGAGAACGGCUCAAUAGUGUGCAACGGUGCCGACCAAUUCGGUCUCUGCAACAACGGCGAGAUCGUCUGGCAAGCAGUCGCAACCGGUACAACCUGUACCAACGGCAGCAUCACCAAGCGUGGCUACAACGGCCGCAUCGCUCGCCCUCGCUGGUCCCGCCGCCAUAUUCACUAG